AUGUCUAUCAAGAUAAUCAAGGAUCAAUCUGAUGCUAAGCUGGACAUUGUGUUUGUCCAUGGCUUGAGGGCUAGCCAAGAACACUGGACGACCGAGAACUCUGUGUUCUGGCCGGAGAAAAUCCUUCCUGGACACAUAUCAAAUGCGCGUCUUUUGGCGUUCGAAUACGAGGAUGCCACAGUGGAUUCCUUUUGGAAUGAGGAGGAUUUGAUCUCGGAUAUUUCAGAUGAUCUUCUGAGCGAGCUCAUGGCAGAGCGGCGCGGUGACAAGGCUGAACGCCCUAUUAUAUUCAUUGCACACUGCUUAGGUGGCUUAGUUUGCGAGAAUGCUCUCAUCAGAGGGGCAAAUCAUGAGAAGAGGAAACAGCUGGUAAACUCCGUUGUGGGUGUUGUACUCCUUGGAACACCACAUUUCCAGCCUGGGACCAUAAACGAAGCGGCAAAGUUUUUUCAACUUUCCAAUGAAGAAAUCCCAAGCAGCUCCGACCUACAAGCCAAGUCUAAAUCUGUUCUGAAAAUUCCGCAGGAAUUCGCAAAAUUCAGACAGGGAGCUCAAGUGAAACUGGAAACCUUUUAUGAGGGAUCACUUACAAAGGUCAAUGAUGGAGAGGUAAAGAUCGUGGAUCUAGCUGUGGCCAAGUUCACUGAUGAUUCUCCUCCCACUCGACUGGCAGGAAAUCACCACCAGAUGAGUCGAUUUGACAGCGAAAAAGACAAGGACUUCAAAAAGGUCUGUCGAGUACUUGAGGACUGGGUUGAGGACCUACCCGAGCCGGAAGAAAAAGGAACAGUUAAUAAUAUCUCGAAUGCCUCCUUCGCUGGAUCGAACAACUACGGCUACCAGCUUGGUCAGAACACAGGCAACCAGACUGGCUUCACAUUUGGUGCUAGAUAA